AUGUCUGGCUGGGGGAACACUUCAAAACAAACUUCACCCGGCAUUUCCUGUUCAUUGUAUCCGAAAGCAAAGGCAGCCCCAAGCAACACAGAGAUUGAAUGUUUUAAAGGCCAUUUGCAGAAGUUGAACAAGAACUUUGGGCUCAGUUUGUGCAUGAAUACUGAGGGUGAAAAUGUACCCACCAGAGUUGGACCUGCCCCCUUGGGAGGAUAUCUCAGCUAUCAAUUGGCACCCACUGCAGGAAACUUCAAAGCUGCAUACAAUGUUGACUUGCCCGAGCGAUGUAACAGUGACAGUGUUCCUUUAACAAUUUAUCCAUCUUUCCCACUAUCUUUAGUUUUUCCCUUGUUUAAUGUCACACAGUGCCCUUCAGAAUAUCAACAGUUUUAUGAUACCUUGAGAAUCAGUAAACACAAUGCUGCUUCACUUGAGUCUGAAACACAAGCACAACACAAUAGUAGCCAGUGGUGGAGUGAAAAUAGAUCAAGACUAACAGCUUCAACAUUUGGAGAUAUCUUAAGUCUAAAAUCAAUCAGUACUUCUUUUCUUAAGGGGCUUGUUAAGGACAUGGACACCUCUGGCAGCCUAAGAAAUUUACCAGAACCCUUGAAACAUGGUAUUGUAUAUGAAAGUAAAGCCCUUGAGUGGUACCAGAACUGUCUGUCAAAAAAUUUUCAUCUGGCUUUGUUGUAAACCAUGCUCGCCCAUUCCUUGGUUACUCACCUGAUGCAAAGGCUAUUGAUGAAUGACACAGAGGACAACCUAUAUGGGAUUGUUGAAAUUAAAAGGACCUUACAAACACUGAAAUGUCACACCCAAGACAGCAUGUGCUGGUGAUAGUCAAUUUCAUCUGCAAAUGAAAGACAACUUUCCAGUUUUGAAGACAAAUCAUAA